AUGGAUUAUUUGGCCAUAGCCGUGGCACUCGUUGUUGUCACCGCCUCGUCCGUUGCCAUCCACCUCCUCGCUAGAGUCAGGAGGACACAGCCGGGCAACCUGCCCCCGGGCUCCCUCGGCCUGCCGGUGAUCGGCCAGAGCCUCGGCCUCCUCCGGGCCAUGCGCGGCGACGGCGGCAGCCGGUGGAUACAGGACCGGAUCGACAGGUACGGGCCCGUGUCCAAGCUGUCGCUCUUCGGCAAGCCGACGGUUCUGCUGGCCGGGCCGGCGGCCAACAAGUUCCUGUUCUUCAGCGGCGCGCUCUCCACCCGGCAGCCCCGGUCCGUGCAGCGGAUACUCGGGGAGAAGAGCAUCCUGGACCUCCACGGCGCCGACCACCGGCGCGUCCGCGGCGCCCUACUCGAGUUCCUCCGGCCGGACAUGCUCAAGGCGUACGUGGGCAGGAUCGACGGCGAGGUGCGGCGCCACCUCGAGGAGAACUGGGCCGGCCGCGCCACCGUCACGGUGCUGCCGCUCAUGAAGCGGCUCACGUUCGACAUCAUCUCCGCGCUGCUCUUCGGGCUCGAGAGGGGCGCCGUGCGGGACGCCCUGGCCGGCGACUUCGUGCGCAUGAUCGAGGGCAUGUGGGCCGUCCCGGUGAACCUGCCGUUCACGGCCUUCAGCCGGAGCCUCAAGGCCAGCGGCAGGGCCCGCCGGGUGCUCCAGGGGAUCACGUUGGAGAAGAAGAAGGCCAGCCAGGCGGAGGAGGAGCAAGGCAACGGCAAGGCGUCGCGGAACAGCGACCUCAUCACCUGCCUGCUCGGCCUGACGGACGGCCAUGGCGAGCGGCUGCUGACCGACGAGGAGAUCGUGGACAACGCCAUGGUCGCCCUCAUCGCCGGCCACGACACGUCGUCCAUCCUCAUGACGUUCAUGGUCCGCCACCUUGCCAACGACGAUGCCACCCUCGCCGCCAUGGUCCAAGAGCACGAGGAGAUUGCCAAGAACAAAGGUGACGGCGAGGCUCUCACCUGGGAAGAUCUGUCGAAGAUGAAGUUCACAUGGCGGGUCGCGCAGGAGACACUCCGCGUCGUCCCUCCGAUCUUCGGCAACUUCAGAAGAGCACUCGAGGACACCGAGUUCGAUGGCUACCUCAUCCCAAAAGGAUGGCAGGUGUUCUGGACGGCAAACGUGACGCACAUGGACGCGAGCAUCUUCCAUGAGCCGGCCAAGUUCGACCCGUCCCGGUUCGAGACCGAGAACCAAAGGGCGUCGGCGGCGGCGGCGCCGUGCUCCUUUGUCGCCUUCGGGGGCGGCCCGAGGAUAUGCCCCGGGAUAGAGUUCUCCAGGAUCGAGACGCUGGUGACGAUGCACCACCUUGUGAGGCAGUUCAGAUGGAAGCUCUGCUGCAAGGAGGACACCUUCGUGAGGAACCCCAUGCCGUCGCCGCUGCUUGGCCUGCCCGUCAAAAUCGAGCACAGGGCCUCUUCUUGAUCCUCACCAAUCCUCACAACAAUCUCCAUAUCAUGAUCGGUCGGUCGGUCGCGCCAUAGCAUUGCAGACUUGCAGUAGACUAGAGAUAGACGAAAAUGUAGCUGGAGACAGGAGACGAGGCAUAUAUACUGUACUACUGUACACACAUAUAUACCACACAAUUGCAGA